CAACAGUCUGGUUAACACGGACACUGGAUACAGUAACUCAAGGGAGUUUUUAACAAACCAUUUUAACAACAACAAUGGGUAUUCAUGAUGAAACAGAGAAACAUCUUAAUAAGAAUGCAAGUUGUCCUCUAUCAAAGAGAAGCCUCCUUAUGCAUGAAACGCAAAGUGAGAUGGUUCUUGCUGUUGGAGGAUGGAGCUCUGACAACAGUAACUACAAAAUGGAAUAUUAUGACCCCCAGUCUCAUGAGUGGCAAGUAUUGGAAUCCACAGUCAAGCAAAAACACAGUAUGGGAGUUGCUAUUCUUCAGGAGAUGCUAUAUGUGGUUGGUGGACAUGAUGGAACAUCUUGCAUUAAAAGUGUAGAAAGGUACAACCCUAAGACGAAUGAGUGGCAUUAUGACGGUGCUCCCCUGAAUGAAGGAAGAAGCAACAUGGCAGCAGCUGUUCUGGAUGGAUACCUGUAUUCAGUGGGGGGGCACAAUGGCAUAUCUACCCUCAGCACAGUAGAAAGGUAUGAUCCUAAGGAGAACAGAUGGUGUAAAGUUGCGUCUAUGCAUUGUCAACGCAUGGGGCAUGGUGUGGCAGUAUUGGAUGGCUAUAUCUAUGCUGUUGCAGGCUCAGAUGGCUCUUCUCCACUCAGCUCAGUGGAGAGGUAUAAUCCCUAUGAUGACUGCUGGACAUUUUGCCCUUCUUUGAGAAACUGCAGAGAGAACCUUGGAUGCACAGUGCUUCAGGGAAAGAUCUACGCAGUAGGGGGACAUGAUGAAACAAUGGAGCUCAGCAGUGCAGAACAAUAUGACCCACUCUCUUUUAAAUGGUCACAUGUAGCACCAAUGAAGAACAAGAGAAAUAAGGUGGGCUUAACAACUAUAAAUGGUUUUCUCUUAGCAGCAGGAGGUUUUGAUGGCACAACUUAUCUGAAUACAGUGGAAGCAUAUGACCCAAGCACAGACUCAUGGAGGCAUUUUGGAAGUAUGCACUAUAAACAUCCUGGUGGCAAAGUCUGCACUGUAAAGAUGGCAGAAUAAUUUGUUUUCCAUUAUGCAUUCACUGUACAGAUAAUCAUGUAUGGCUAUGUAGUUUUAUUUACACUACAAUGAUAAGUACAGGUAGGAAAAUGCGCUAAGAAAAUAUAACUAGUAUAUUGUUUUUCAAGACAAGGUGUAUUUUCUAAUUGCAGGGUAAAUCUAGCAAUAAAAAUCUACAGGAUGGAUCAGCAAAAUAGACCACUAACUACAAAUCUGGCAGACUGUACCUAUUGUACAAAAUUGUACUAUUCACAAAUGGCAGCAUCUCUGUCUCACAUGGUAACACACACACACACACACACACACACACAC